AUGAUGACGGCAGCGGAGCUGGCGGCGUCCGGUUGGGCGGACAACGGGUCCCUGGGCUGGCCGCUGCAGGCGGUGCCGCGCGAUGCGCGCGACGACUUGGAUAUCCUCGCGAGCAUGGAGAAGCAGCAACGCGGCCCGAUAGAGCCAUCCUCGUUACAGUCACCCAUUUACUGUCACACACCACAGCAGCUGAAGCGGGACCCUUUAGAGCGACACGUGUCAGACGAGCCUACAGCCUCCCCGCUCCCGGGCUCCGCCAACUCCCCCCGGACAAGCGCGUCGGGGGGGAUUUCCGGGCUGCUCGCAGGCCUGUACGUCCGGACUCCCGUUGCCGAGCCUGACGCCGAGGCUCGGGGCAGCGCUGGCGGGUUAAUCGACAUGCUAUCUGGCCCCGUCACCCCGUCCGCCACGCCCUCCCGCCGCUUCCAGGCGCAGCAGGAGCGCGAGUGGGACGAGCGCCAGCAGCGGCGGGAGCAGGAGCAGGCGGAGGCGGGGGGGUUGCCUUUUGAGAGUAUCGUCGCGGGCGCGAGAGACAGGCGCGCGCGGCAGCACGCGCGCAGCAGCAGCAGCAGCAGCGUUCUUUGCGGCGCGAAUGGCGGCGUGGGAGGGGCAGCUGUGGCCGAUUCGGGCGAGAUCUCCGUAAUCUCCGGAGGUUUCGGCCAGGACCGGCAGACUCAGCAGGGACAGGGAGAAUCAGCGGCGCCGCGGGCGAGUCCGCAAGAAGCGGCGUGGAGUCCGCAGGUCUCGGACGCGAGCCCGUGGGGCGGGCGCGGCGCGACGCCCUCCGCGCCGUCCGCCGCGGUGGACCAUUUACCCUCGUUAGAAGCACUCUCGCGCUCGCCCCGGCGCGGCCGCGAGGCUCAUAAUAACGGAGGCGAGGAGAGCAGUAGCGAGGACGAGGGGAGGUACUACAAGGUUCCGGAUAUCACGGAGUAUAGGAAUAGGCGACGUCAGAGCGCGGGGAGUGCGGCGUCACCGGCGAGUAAAGUCACGCACGAGUAUUUCCGGGGCGGCGGAGUUGACGUUUCCUUUGCGGACUUUCUUGCUGCGCGCGCCAGUGCUGCUGCCGCUGCUGGUGCUGGUGGCGGCGUGAAUGCUGCUGCUGCUGCUGGUGAUGUUGCCGGUGGUGAUGGUGGUGGUGGGUAUGGUGCCAAUACCGCGGCAGUUACUAGCGCGAACGAGGCUGGUGCGGGCGGGGAUGCACCUGGUAGUGGCGCGGCGGGAAAUCGGGGCACUGACGCUGACGUGGCAGCUGGCGCUGACGUAGCAACGGGGGCGCCGGAACGCGAAGCGGCUCCAGCUGGAGGGGAAGCGGGAAAUACGGGGGAGAGAGGCGACGAGAAUUUUGACUACUAUGAUUCAGAUGCUGCUGGGGAUGGUGUUGCGCCGUCAGUUGCGGCUGGAGCUGCGGUGGCGGUUGCGGUGGGCGCAGAGGCGGCCCACGGGAUGGCGGCCGCGGAGACAGCGGGCGCGGAUGACGGGGACGCGCGGGAAAGUACGCGGAAGCGCGGGGGAGGGCUUGGCGGAAGCUCGCGGAAGCACCGAGCGCGAUGGGGAUUGGCGGGAGGGAGGGAUGGGGACGGGGAGGAUGGCGCGGGACAGGCGGAAGAAGGCAAGGCGGAGUCGAGGCGGAGUCUGCGUGCACAGUGGAGCGCGCGAAGGUCAAGGCGCGGGGAGGGGGGAGCGCAUGGCGGAAACGAGCGGGGGAAGGGGGCGGCAGGGGGCACGCGGGAGGACCAAGGGGGCUUGGAGGGUUCCGCCAUAGGGGGAGAUCAGGAUAUGGCGGGGGAGGAGGCGGAGGGGCGAAGGAGACAGGUCAACGAAGGGCAGGGGGAGAAUGACUGGGGGGCUGCGGAGGUUGGGGGCCGAGGGGAAUGGUCAGGGGCCGCGGAAGGGUAUGGGACUGGGGAUGAGGGGGAAGAGGGGGGUAGGGAAAGAGGAGGAAAGAUGGAAGGGUGGGCAGAGAGGGGGGCCUAUGGGGACGAGCAGGGAAGGGCACAUGGAGAGUGGGGAGAAAAUGACAAGGGUGGGGGUGGGUAUGAAGAUGAUGGGGAUGAUGGUGAUGAUGGGGAAGACGGCGGAGAUGGCAUGGCGGAGUGGCGGGGAGAGUAUGGUGGAACGGGGGAGUAUGGUGGAACGGGGGAGUAUGGUGGAACGGGGGAGUAUGGUGGAACGGGGGAGUAUGGAACGAGGGGACAGUAUGGGGCGAGUGGGGAGGACGAUAUGGUGACGAUGGGCAUGUCAGCGGAAUGGGAUGGGGGCAUGGCUGCUGCUGCGGCUCUUAUGGCCUCCGGAGGGGCAGCAGGGGACGGCACUGCAUCGAACACGGCCUCUGCCGCCAGUGCUGCUGCAUCCCCGUUACAAGCCUCUCCGUUUCAAGCCUCCUCUCCCUCUCCAAGCAGCACUGCUGCAUUUUCUGACCUGUCCUCGAUGAUGCCACCGGUGUUCCUCCCGCCUCCUGCUAUUCAGCAACCCACACCACCACUCCCCACCGCCUCCAACCAGAUUGACGACUGUGACUGCGAGGAGGACCCUCUACCACUCGCCUCUCUCCUCCGCGCCCACCACCCCCACCUGCUUCCCCCUGCUGCUGCUGCUUCUGCUGCUGCUUCUGCUGCUGCUGCUGCGCCCUACGCCCCUGCGCCCCCGCGCCCUCUCACACACGGGUUGUGGCGCAGAAACCACUCCGCCCUCACCACUGCCGCCCUCUCCUCCGCUGCUGCCGCCGCUGCUGCUGCCUCUGCCGCUAGCGCCUCUGCUGCUGCGGAUGCGCUGCUGCCUGUCCCUCGCUCCGUACUAAGCCGCACCGUCCGGCCUCCCUUUGCCUAUGCCGCUGCUGCUGCUCCUGCUGCCACCCACCCGCCUCCUCCUGCUGCUGAUACUGACCCAGCUGUUGCUUCAGGUGCUGGCGGUGAGGGAACGGAACCAGUUGCUACCGUUGCCUUCGCUGCAGCUCCCAACACCGUACAGCCACCAUUGAAAACAACAGCUGCUGACACCCCUGCUUCAGAGAAAACGCUCACCACGUUAGAGGAUUUUCAAGACUCACCACACAAGCAAGCCCCCGUAGAGCCAACUAAAGGUCGCACCCCGGUGCCAUCUACAGGGGAGAAUCUUGACUCCUCCCAGAAUGCGCCUGCUGCAUCUGCAGAGGCGCAUACAAGCACAGACGUUGCCAUUCCUCCACCUGACUUCGCUACAGUCAGACCGCAGCAGCCCAGCGUAGCUUCGGUGCUCCCCAUCCUGGUCGCCUACGCCUCCCGACCCGGAGCCUUGGGCCGAGCCUCCAUGCUCUACCGCAUGCGCAGCUCAGGCGUCUCUUCCAUGCAUGCUUCUUUGGCCAACCACGACGCGACAGCUGGCGAGGGGAUGGAGGCGGGGGCGGUGGCACAGGCGCUGGAACGAUUGGGGGACGAGGAGGAUGCGAACGCAGCAGCAGCAGAGGCGUUAUCAGUGUUUGGGUUUCCUUUUUCUCUUGAGGGAUUCGCUCUGGGUGGUGGUGGGGAGGAGGAGGAAACGGUGGAGGGGGAAGGAACGGCUGUAGCGGGAGGAGGAAAGGAUGCAGUCGGCGAAUUCGGUGACAGUGCGAGUGUGACUGUAAACGGGGCUCAGUUCUCCUUCCACGCGGGCAGCGACGGCAGAAGUUCCAGCCAUGCUGACGUGGCAGUGGGUCCGGAUGACGUGGACGGUGAGCUGGAUGAGGUGGCAGUGGAGGCGAGUCUACGUCAGCUUGAGCUGGCACUAGAGCAAGGGCUGUUACCAGAUGAGGUGGAGGCAUUGAGGAGAGAGUUAGAAGCUCUGGUGGAGAGAGGUACACGGAGGGCGAGGAGAGGCUCGCAGGGGCAGGAGGGUGGGGAGGCGGAAAGGAGGGCUGUGGUUGGGACGGGAGAACGGGAGGGGGAAGGGGAGGUGGGUGUGAUGAGGGGAGAGGUGGAGAGGGAAAUGGGGGUGGGGGAAGAGGGUGGAGACGAGUUGGGGGAUGGGGCCGAGGGGGAUGGGGUUGAGGUGGAGAGAGAGGGGAGUGGAGGUGAGAGGGAGGAGGAAGGGGGGAGUGAGGAGGGGGAGGGGGGAUUUGGAAUGGAGAUGGAGAGGGAUGUGACGCCGUACCAUGAGAUGGAGGGAGGCAGGGAGGGCAGGGAUAUGGGCAGGGAGGGCAGGGAGGGUGGGGAGGUGGAGAGGGAGCGAGAAGGUGAGGUGGAAAGGGAUGUUACUCCGUACCAUGAGAUGGAGGGGGACAGAGAGGGCAAGGAGGGAGAGAUGGAGGCAGAGAGGGAGAGAGAAGAGGAGGAGGUGGGAGAAGGGGAGACGGAGAGGGAGGGAGAAAGGGAGACGGAGAGGGAGGGAGAAGGGGAGAUGGAGAGGGAGGAGGUGAGAGCAGGCGGUGAGUAUGGUGGAUAUGAUGGGGAUGACAGGGAAGUAGUGGAAGGGGAACAGAGUGUGAAGGGAACGGCUGGUGAGAUGGAUGAGGCGGUUGAGAUGGGUGGGGAGGGUGAGGAGAGGGGUGAGGAGGCUGAGGUGGGGGUUGGUGAGCAGGCUCAGGAGGCUGGAGGUGAGGAGGUGGGGUGCGGUGAGGAGGAGUGCAAGGAUGCUGAAGGUGAGAAGGUGGGAAUAGAUGUGAUAAACCACAAGCCUUGCUUGCCAGCCCAGCUCAUUCCCGCACUCGCCAAGCCGCCUCUCCCGCCGUCCCUCUCUGCCCACGUCGACGCGCUCUCUGCUGACCUGGACGCUGAGUCAGCAGCGGCUGUAGCGGCGGCUGCAGCAGCGGUGUCAGCAGAGGUGGAGGAGAUGGGCGGCGGCUGUAGCACCAGCUGUAGCUCAGCCAGCAGCCCAAGCCGCCUAGGUCUGGGUCUCAUGGGGGGCAUGAGCAUGAGCAGCACGGGCAGUGGCGGGGGGGUGCUGGGCGGAGGGAUGGGAAUGGGAAGCAGCCCUUUGAGUGUUACCGGUGGCGGGAUGAGUCCGGGUAGGGCUGCUGGUGUUGCAGGGGACAGGGGCGGCAGUGGUGGUGGUGGAGGAGGAGGAGGAGCAGCGGGAGCAGCGGGAGAGGAAGGAGUCGGUACAGGAGCAAUUGGGUCACACGCACAGGGGCACAGCGGGGGUGGGGGAGCGGGAAGCGGAGGGGGAGCAGGGGGGGAGAAGGCGCUGUACACGGUGGGGCACUGGCUGAGGCAGGUGGACAUGGCGGAGGCGGAGGGGCGCCUGCACGUGGCAGUGCGCCUCUUUGAGCUGGCCGAGCGCUGCCACGCCCAGCCCGCCACCCUGCUCCGUGUUGCGCGCUCCCAGUUCAUGCGCCGCCACCGCCACUCCCUCUCCCUCUCCGCUGCUACUGCUGCUGGUGCUGGUGCUGCUGGUGCUGGUGGUGCCGCUGCUGCUGCUGGUGGUGUUACUGCUGGUGUUGGUGCUGCUGGUGCUUCUGGUGGUGGUGGAAAUGGGGCUUUUGGUGUUGUUUCUGCUGGGGCGUCACCGCUGCUUUCCCCGGCCGCAUCACCGCUUCACACCGCUUUCCACCGCCCGUCAUCCUCCCCUCCUCGCUCCCCCCUCCCGCUCCCAUCCGCCAACCCCUCAUUCUCCCCCCUCUCCUCCCCUCCUCGCUCCCCUUCCCCCUUACCUCCGCCCGCUUCCCUCUCCGCCGUCCCCCUGCCCGCACCCCCGUCCCUCUCCCCCUUCCCCACGCCCCCGCCCCCCUCCCUCUCCGCGUUCCACUGGCGGCAGCAGCCCACAGCAGGGGGAAGCGAGCGGGGCACAGCAGGGGCAGGCGGGCAGGCAGGCGGAAACGCCUCUAGCCUUGCUUCCUCCCCCCCGCACUCGCCCCUCGCUGCCACUACCCCCGGCUCCUCCCCCCGCUCGACCUUCUCUCUCUCCCCUGCUGAUGCCCUCCCAGCACUGCCCAAAUCGUUUGGGUUGCGUAGGGGUGGUGUGGGCAGGCGGUUGGUGUUUGAGAGUGGGGGAGAAGGGAGGCGUGAGGAGGAAGAGGAGAGAGGAGGGGUGUGUGAGGGAGAGGGGGAGGUAGGUUCGUCUGCAGCCUCGAGUGUUGUCGGGAACCAGUUGGGGCGUGAGAGUGAAGGGGAAGGGAGGCGAGCAGGGGAGAGAGGAGAGGAGGGGCAGAGGGAGGAGGACGUAGGCGCUUUUGCAGCUGGUGCUGCUGGGGAUGAUAGCAGUGGUGGCAGCAGUUGUGAUGACGAUGGUGGUGAUGAUGGGAGGAGAGAGGAGGGAGAGGGUUUGAGUAUGCAGGGCGAUGGAGCGAAGGGAGAGGAGAUGAGGGAGAAUGGAGAGGAAUGGAGGUGGGAGGAGGUGCAAACGAGGGUAGACGGAGUGGAGAAGGGUGAGGGGAGUGUUGGGAGCGGUGCAGAGAGUGCAGAUGUGGAGAUGACUCAGACGAGGGGAGGAGAAAGGAGGGAGGGUUGGGAGGAGCAGGAGAAUGGCUGGGAGCGUGCUGACCGGGUACAGGCAUGGGCACAUGAGAACCUCCCAGGGCCGGCACCAGAAGAAAACAGGAGCGGCAAUUCCCGGACCGGAGGCAACGGCUCGUUCUCAGGCUCGGAAGCAGGCUUGGAGUUUCCAGAGGGUAGUGGUGGGAACAGUGGCAGUGGAGGCAAGGGCAGUGGGAGGAGACACGGAACCUUGGCCGAUCAGGCAAAGUGGGGAGAGAGAGAGGCGGGGGGCAAUGAUGCUGCUGCUGCUGCUAGCGCUCAUGGCGCUGGUGUUGGUUCAAGUGGCUCUGGUGGUAGUGCAACUGGUGUUGGUGCUGGUGCAAUGGAUGGUGUUGAAGCAAGCAGAGUGCAAGUCGAUCCAAAUGGGAGGAUCACAGAGGAGCGAGAGAAAGAGCUGGAGGUAACAACGAAGGGCGGUGAGGGCAAGGAGGAAAGAGCGGAAGCGGGUGAGAGAACAGCGGAGAAGGAGCAAAACGGAGAGCGAAAGACAGAAUGGGAAGCGCGGGAAACUGAAGGGGACAGAGAUGAACCCAUACUAUGUCAAGCCACAGCCGCAGCAGCGACACCAGCAGCAGCAUCAGCAGCAGCAGCAGCAGCAGCAACAGCAGUGGCGGCGGCAGGGAGAAGGGUGGCGGUGAGAGAGGGGAGUGUGCUGGCGAAGCUGAAGCGCGCCACAGCACAGCUGAGGCAGCUCAGGGAGAGCUACCUGGGGGAGGGCCAACCUGGGGAGGCUCAACUGAAAGAAGACCAACAGGAUCAACAGGGGAAGGCUCAACUGAGGGAGGGUGCAGCCGCGGCUCGCCUUGCCGCUCGCACCAGUGGCAGCAACGGCAACCCUCUGGAGGCGAGGAGCCUUGCGGCAGGAACAGGGGCAGGAGGAACACUCCUCUCAGCAGGAAUGAAGCCUCAGGCAUCUGCGGCUGCUGCUGCUCCUCUUGCAGGAGGCACCUCCCUUGCGGGCGGCACUGCACCUCCUCCUCCUCUUGGAGGGCCGGUUUCGCCAGGAGCGAACGCCCCUGCGUCUCCCUUCGCCCGCGCGUCCUCCUCCUUCUCCCUUGGCCGCAUCCCCUCCUCUGAGUCCCUCCGCACUGAUCCUACCUUCUCUGUUUACGUUCGGAGGUCCGGCUCGGCCCGAACCUCGGCCUCGGCUGCGGAGACCGAGCCUAGCGAAGGGGUGGUGGAGGGAGGGAUGGAUGGUGGGAUGGAGGGAGGGAUGGGAGGGGAGGUUGCUGGGGAUGGUGGGGAUGGGGGAGAGGCGGAUGCUGAGAGCAGGGAGAGGGGAGUUGGAGGAAGAGGAGUGCGCAGGGCAGAAGAGGAGGAAGGGAGGGAAGCACGGGAAGCUGGGUCCGCAGGGGAUGGGUCAAGAGCUAAUUCGUUCAUCCCUCCUCUCUCCCUCGACGCCACUCCUGCCAGCAGUGUACUCUCCUACCCUGACGCCUCCCUUCCUGCCAGACCCACUGCUGCCCCUGCUGCCGAAGCCACUCCUGCUUUCCCUGCCACAGCUCAUACAGCAGUUGGUGCGAGUGGUGUGGGUGGUGCGAGUGGUGUGGGUGGUGCGAGUGGUGGUGUUGGCAUUGGUGCUGGCAAGCCACGUUCUCCCCCUCUCUCUUCCACCUCUACUCGCCCCCCCGCUCUCUCGAUCCCCUCUCGUGCCCCAAGAGCAGCGGCAACACAACACCAGAGCGAGAACACACAUGCACAGGCAGCCGCACAAGCAGCACGAGUCACGCCAGUCAUACCGACUGCAGAUGCAGCAGCGCAGCCAGCAAGAGCACCAGCCACGCCACAGGCACCAACAGCCGUGGCUACUUGUGCAGCCCUCCUCCACCACUCUGCACUCCUCCCCUGUCAGGACACGGACACCUCUCUCCCACGCUCUUCAUUCCCCUCCCACUCGCCCCCGAUCUCCUACUGCCUCCCGCUCUCCUCCUCCCUCUGCUCGCUCUCCUCCACUCUCUGCUCGCUCUCCUCCCCUCUCUGCUCGCUCUCCCCCCCUCGCUGCCCGCUCUCCUCCCCUCUCUAA